GAAGCAGAAAGAUUUUCUCUCUCCUCCCUUAGUUACGAUGCUCGCGCAGAUCGUCGCGAGGCAUCAGGAGUUCGCUGCGGACUCGUCUUCAGUCUGAAGGUGUGAAGCGACGCGUGGUCCGUGGAGCUGACGGAGGAAAACAGGUGGAGGCGACAUGGGCAAGAAACAGGAGAAGAGCCCGGAGCCAGAAUACGGAGAACCUGCACAGUUUGACCCGGGCUUCAAUGGACCCAUUCAGAAAAGAGGAUGCACCGACAUCAUCUGCUGCGUCCUGUUCAUGGUCGUCCUCCUCGGCUACAUAGCGGUCGGGAUAUUAGCUUGGCUCUAUGGCGACCCCAGGCACGUUCUUUACCCCAGGAACUCCACGGGGUGGUUCUGUGGCAUCGGGCCAAAUAAAGACAAACCCAACUUGUUCUACUUUAACAUCCUCAAUUGUGCCACAUCUCUCAAUGUCAUGGCAACUGCUCUCAAUGGUUUCCAGUGUCCAACCACACAGGUUUGUGUGGAGAAAUGUCCCUCCGGCUUCUGGGCUGUGGGGGUUGAGUCGUAUCUUCCAGGUGUACAACCAGCGACUGUCUUUAGUCAGAGCCCCUGUGUGCCAUCUUUAGAUCUGGCAAAUACUGACCUGAGUGUUCAAGCCAUCGUGGAGAAGGAGCUGUGUCCCUACUUCUACAUGCCUACAACCUCUGUUCUUGGAAGGUGUUUGCCUGAUAUCACCAAACUGGCCAAUAUCUCUGGGGAAUUUUCAGAUAUUCCAGGUUUGCCCUCCUCAGUUAACGACACUAUCAACCUCAUCAAGAACGGCACUGGGGACAUUGUGGACGGCUUCAACGCCCGGGAAGUCGGUGUCCGGAUCUUUGAGGACUUUGCAUCCUCGUGGCCGUGGAUCCUCAUUGGUCUGCUCAUAGCCAUGUUGGUCAGUCUGCUCUUUCUGCUGCUGCUGAGAUUCACUGCUCCAGUCAUGGUGUGGGUGCUCAUUGUAGGAGUCCUGGCAGCUGGAGCUUAUGGGAUUUGGCACUGCUACUGGGAGUAUGAUAACUACAAGAAAAUCUCCGCCACCAUCUCUGACAUCGGUUUCACCACCAACUUCAACGUUUACCUACAAGUCCAAGAAACCUGGCUGGCAUUCUUGAUAAUCGUAUCUGUGAUGGAGGCGAUCAUCCUCUUGACGCUCAUCUUCCUAAGAAACAGAAUCCGCAUAGCCAUCGCCCUCAUCCAGGAGUCCAGCAAGGCGAUCAGUCACAUGAUGUCUGCACUGCUGUACCCUCUGGUCACCUUUGUCCUCCUGAUGGUGUGUGUUACUUACUGGGGCUCCACUGCUUUAUAUUUGGCCACGUCAGGAAGUCCCAUCUACAAAGUGGUGGCUCUCAACUCCUCAAUGAGUGACUGUAAGAGUGUGAAUGGCACAGAGAACUGUGACCCUCAGAACUUCACCUCGUCAGAUUACCCAGGAUGCCCCUCAGCCAGCUGCAUCUUCAUCAAGUACAACAACGAGGGUCUCUUGCAGAGGAACCUCUUCAACCUGCAGAUCUACAACGCGGUGGCUUUUCUCUGGUGUGUGAACUUCGUCAUCGCCCUGGGGCAGUGCACCCUGGCUGGGGCCUUCGCCUCCUACUACUGGGCCUUCAGCAAACCAGACGAUAUCCCAAUGUUCCCAGUGUGCGGCGGCUUCAUACGCUCCCUCAGGUACCAUGUUGGCUCUUUGGCGUUCGGAGCAUUGAUCCUGACCCUGGUGCAGAUAGUGAGGAUGCUUCUGGAAUAUAUUGACCACAAAACAAAAAGGGCGCAGAAUCCAUUUGCACGUUUCAUAUUGUGCUGCAUGAAGUGUUGCUUCUGGUGUCUGGAGAAGUGCAUCAAGUUCCUCAACAGGAACGCUUACAUCAUGAUCGCCAUUUAUGGGAAAAACUUCUGUGUUUCUGCCAGAAACGCUUUCAUGCUGCUCCUGAGGAACAUAAUAAGGGUCGUGGUGCUCGAUAAGGUGACGGACGUGCUGUUGUUCUUCGGGAAGCUCCUGGUGGUUGGAGGCGUGGGUGUUCUGUCUUUCUUCUUCUUCUCCGGACGAAUUCGGCUCCCGGGCGACACCUUCCGCUCUGAGACCCUCAACUACUACUGGAUGCCGAUCAUUACCGUGGUGUUCGGUAGCUACUUCAUCGCCCAUGGAUUCUUCAGUGUGUACAACAUGGCUGUCGACACACUCUUCCUCUGCUUCUUGGAGGACCUGGAGCGCCACGACGGAUCUCUACAGAAGCCGUACUUCAUGUCCAAGAACCUCAUGAAGAUCCUCAACAAAUCCAACAAGGAGCCGAAGAGAGCUAAAGGGAAAGACUGAAGAGGUUUUCCUCCUCUUCGGCCUCGAGAAACCACAUCAACAGCGAGUCCCAGAUCAGUUCAGGAUCUUUACACUUUGUAACUUUACGUUUUAACACUGCGGCUUCAUCGUCGACCUGAUCUCCUGAUUUUGCACUUUUUAAUUCAGCAUAUGAAUGUUUAAUUUUACAUUUUAAAUAUUUCUUAAGCAGUUCAUGAUUUCGUUCAUUAUGUUGAACAUAAUUUGAUUCAGUUUAUAGUUCUGUGGAUAUGUUAGACCGACUGGACUGGUUGGCCCAAUUCAACAGCUUUGAUGGUUUGUUUUAGUCUUUUACUGAGGACUCUUAACAUGUGAUAUGUUCAGAUAAAAUCUUUUUAGAAAUAUUGUUUCACGUUUAUAUAUUUUUAAGUAUUUGUAAAAAGAGUUGUGUAAGCACAAACGUUUUUGUUAACAUGUUCUAUUGUUCAUAUUAAAAUAAUAAAAUAUAUAUAUACAUUUGUAAACAUGACAUAAUUUGUAACCUUUGCACAUCACGUCAGCGCUUUUUCACUCGCGCCUGGAGUUGCAUUCUGGGUAAUGUAGGCACCAGGUUUUGACACAAUGUGUUUCGAUGCAUUGAUUUUUCUAUUCUUUAAUCGUCCGUGGGAUCAAUUUUUCUUUUUGCAAAGUCAGAUCUGAAUCUCGUCCCAUUAAAGCAACACUACAUGACUUUAUAACCUCAGAAUGGGAAAAGUUCUCCCUGUUUCAAAUCAGUGAACCAGCAACCACCUCGUCCCCCUGAACGUCUGGUGAGCAGAUCUCCUGUGAGAAACAUGGAUCUGACUCAUAGUCACAGAUGAAAUUAUUAGUCAGGUCCAGUAGAUCAGUUAAAAAGACCAUAGUUUAUAAAAUAUGAAGAAACUGAAACAGUUUGGUGGAUUCGUUGCAGCAGCUCUUCUUGAUGACUCUUCAUUUUGAUGUACACUGUGAAAUACAAGAGAACCACUGGACCGAACCAUUCUCACAUUGACUGGGAGGCACAAACUUUUUUUCCGCUCUUGUCAUUAACAUUUAUUAAACAUUUUGAGAGAACAGUUUUUUUUUAUUACUUUUUUCAUUUUAUUUUCCAAUAAAACAGAGGAGUUAUGGAGCCAGAUGAUUUCUCGCUUUACAAAAGCAUCUUGAGACCCAUUCGCACGUCUCGCCGCCCCCCCCGUGGCUGGGUGUCCAGUCAUAACACGUAAAAACAGCAUUUACAAUAUUCAUAUAUACAAAUAUAUAAUGUACACACACUCACUCGGACACAAACAGUCAGAGAAAAAUCAUAAUAACUAAGUGUGACAGAAGUGUUUUACAUAUUAGAAUCCCACUGGGGCUUAGUUAACUGAACUUUCACCUCCACGACUCGUUGAAUGGUUUCUCCCUAUUUCUCACACUGACUCCUCUUCUUCUUCUUCUUCUUGCUGUCAUGUGCAGCUUCUCAUCAAACUACUUCACUAUCCACUGCUUUUCUCUCCUGUCAGAUUUGUUUUACAGUCGCUCAAAUAGAUGCAAAAAAAAUGUAAAAUAAAAAAAAUAUCCCAGACUUGCUCUCGGUCGGUAAACACACCCCUGUGCUCACAGCUCUGUGGGGAGAGGAGCAGCACGUGGUCGAGCACCGGGGCUCUCCGGACUUUAAGACAGCUUCAACUACAAAUGACUUCACAGUGCAAUGGCAGUUUUAUUUGUUUUUUGUUAAGACAUAAGUAUAUAAAAAAUGCAUCCAUCCAUCUGUGCUAUUAUUUCUUGUCAGUAUGAUUUUUUUAAGAGCAGGUCGCAAAUGCUAGAACUCGUUCACGUCACGAUCCAAUUUUACUUUUCCCCCUCUGACGUCGUGUGCGACUGAUGCGCGACUCUUUGGCCUUUUAGGGAGUGAGAAACGGAAAGGGAUU